AUGUUGCUGGGUAAUCACGGAACCAUGUCGACUCUCGGCGGCACCACCGUUGACAGAUUUGAAAGGGAGAGAAGGGAGAUGGAGCGUCAAAAAGCGGCCCUAAACUUUUCCCAUUCCCAUGCGGACGGUCUAGAUGCACCCCAACUCACCCAUGCCACUGGGACCACGACGGAUAGGGCAUCGACAUUCCCUAUCCGGAAAGAGCCGGCUGGGUCUGAAGAGGUUCCGUCAACUAAUCUUCGACGGGCAGAAACACGUUACUCCCUCGGGCCCGAGAAAAUGUGGUCAAUUGGCGCAGAUGAUUUGGAUGGUGAUCAAGAUGGACAUGUGGAGAAGUCUGUUGCCAAGGCCUUGUCAAAAGCCGAGCCUAACAAUCGGAGCCGCAAGACUAGCCACACUCUAGGCUUUUUCCGGGAAGCCCUUCCUGAGGAGAAGGCAAAGAAGAAGGAUACGAAGGCGACGAGCCACACCCGAGACAGGCCGGCUACGAGGUCGCAAACUCUAAGUUCUGGAAAAGAUGUCAUCUUUGAAGAGCAGGGCCCCGCCGCAGAGUCUGUCCUCGACGGGGUAACCGCCAAGGCUAUAAACGGCAGCGAGGCAGCGGCUUUCUGCCCUGCGGAGCAGGCCCCUCUCUCUAACGCAUCCAAGUUUAUCGAAGGGAUGAAACCUCCAGCUAAUCCUCAAGGAGAUACUCACGACCAGAAGCUGAAUGGCUCGCCCCCAGGGGAUCAGCCCUCGAUGGGUGAUGUGAAUAUGAAAUUGCGUCUACCUGGCGAGACUGAGGCAGGCGAGCCGGAGCCUGAAGAUAGCACGCCACCCCCGACCCCGCCGACCCAGAAGGCGAGUCUUAACCACCGCCACGGCAAGACGUCUACCGAGCGUGGCACUUCGCUGCUCUCUGAUGGGCCCAUGGCUAUUGAUGAACCCGAGCAUGUUGCGCCGCGUGAUCCAUUAGAGGCUAUCGAACUCAUUCCGUAUAAACACCAAGUAGGUGGUCAUACGACCAUCUGGCGAUUUUCCAAGCGAGCAGUCUGCAAGCAACUCAACAACAGGGAAAAUGAAUUCUACGAGACUGUUGAGCGAUAUCAUCGUGAUCUUCUCUCGUUCCUACCGAGGUAUAUCGGAGUCCUGAACAUCACGAGCGCUGGACCGACCCGGGAUGGAUAUGCGGACGAGGAGUUGGGGGCGACCAUGGUCAACAAGAAGCUUCGGAACGAAGUAUUCAAUGAUGCUUUCUUGAAGCAGCCGGUUGCCGUACAGAAGCACCGACGGCCCCACCGACGGCCGCCUGUUCCACGACCUUCUGGCGUUCCCAACCAUCCACCGCUGCGACCAGCCAACUCGGAUUCCCGCCUCGCAAGCCUGGAGCGUCAAGGAGUGGCCCUAGAGACGGAAGGCAUUGCAUCGGACCAACCGCCCGCCCCUUUCCCGGCGCCGGCAGGUUCGAAUCUGCGGUUUGAACUAGGCCAACCGUGUGAAAUGGAGGGUGUGAUUUCUAGGAGUCUCAAAGACGAAGUCAAGGAUGUCACGGGAACGAGCGCACCCGAGCCAGAGACAAUGGUAGACAAAGUGAUGUCGCAGAAGCGCAAGCGCCGUUACUCAGGAGCGGCCUCCGUCGGAAGCCACAGGGGGACGAAGCCGCUCGCUAUCCCCGAUACAUCUGGCUUGGUUGGCCCGCGACCCAACGACUUCGAAUUUGUGCAGUCGCCAACGGCACUUCAAGCGGCGGAGCACGAACCUGGGUUCAAAAUUCCCAGGCCCAUCAACCCCAAGGAGGCCCAAACCCAGCGGGAUUCGCGCGUCGAGUACUUUCUUCUACUAGAAGAUCUAACGGCUGGAAUGAAGCGGCCGUGCAUCAUGGACCUAAAGAUGGGAACACGCCAAUAUGGAGGGAGGAGGCUUAAGGCCGGUGCAGAGUUCCAGGAGGCGCUCACUCGAUUCUUGUACAACGGACUUGAUUAUUACAGCAUCUUGAAGCACAUACCUACGAUUCUGCGCAAGCUAGAUGAGCUUCAACGAAUCGUAAGGGGUUUGCGGGGCUAUCGCUUCUACGCUGCUAGUCUUUUGAUGUUUUAUGAUGGAGACACAUCAUCAGAGGCGAGCGAUUACGACACUGGAAUCGAUGAUUCGACAACAGAUGCGGCGACUGACGCGGAGGACGCGCCCGUGUUUAGACGCCGGAAGAAGAACAAGCGAGAGGUAGACUUCAAGAUCGCAGACUUUGCCAACAGCAUCACGGCGGCGUCGGACGUUCAAGACAGGCCGUGUCCGCCGCAGUUCCCAGAGGACCCGGACGGAGGGUUCCUCCGUGGUUUGUCGACGCUAAAGACGUAUUUUCUCAAGAUUCAGAGAGACACACGCGCGGAACUUGGCAUCGAGCCUUUGGCGCGAGGUUCGAAAUUAGAAGAGAUGUCCCUCGACGACGAGGACGAGGGAUUCGUUAGCGAGUGA